AUGUCUUUAGCAAAGGAAAAUGUGAAAUCCAUCUCUGACCGUGACCCCAAAGCAGAACGGACUUUGAAAAGGAACAUCGACUUGAAGAUCCUCUCCAAAUCCUUACGGUUCUUGCAGUCCAAGUACUCGGCAACACCGUUUGUGACCAAUGAUGGCAAAAAAACCCAAAAGUUCAACAUCGAGCACCUUAGACCGGAGGAUCUAAAAUUUAGCAACCCGAAAUCGAGAUUGGUUUUCGACAAUGUAAUGCGAAUCAAAAAUGAAACCAAGAAGCAAGUGAGUAGGGAGUUGUCGUAUGUCUUGUUGGGCACCAGCGAGUCGCAGCUACGAGAUCCGUUCUUUAUCACGAAAAACGCGGUUGACCUCUUGGCGUAUGACCAGGAUGCAGAACGGGCCUCUUACUUGUGCCGCAUCAGCCAGAAGGAGCAUGCUGUUGUGGGGAUGAACACGAUCAUGGAAUGGCAUUUCGAAAAGAAGGAUCAAAAAGCUGGAAUCAAGUGCUUUCACGAGCGAAGCAAAUUUGGGAUCCCGAGUGACCCAUACACGUUUUUGAAGCUUUUCGACGGUGUCGCGAAAACGACUCCGUGGGGAGCCUCUAGCAGAGGCUUGUGUGAAAAGAUGCUAGAAAUUUUUAAAAGCAACAGAGCUAUUUUCCUGAGCCAAGGAGACCAGUUUACCACAUCUGUAUUCAACGCGUGUCUCAGUGUCUUGGUCAAGAAUUUUGAAGAUAGACAAGCACUCGCGUGGGAGUUUUUUGACGAGCUCUCGGAGAAGGAAGAGCUUGAACUUCUGCGGAUUUAUCCCGACGCGAGGACGUUUACAAUCUUGUUACAGGGCAUAAAGAAGUACACAGAAUGCAAAAAGGAAGAGGUUACGGAAGACAAGAAAUUAACGACAGAUGAACGUAUAGUCAGGCUAUUGGAUUUGGAAGCUGGCCAUGUAAAGACAGCCACCGUUAUCUUUGACAAGGUACUAAACGCAGCCACUCCACCGAAACCCGCCACUGAUGAAAUGUUGAAUAGAAAGAAUAUCCGCAAGUGGAACAAGUCGAAAAUCAACAUUGAUUUCCCACUUGUUUCCACCUUUAUCGCAAGCAUGUGUGGUCGAGACACUCAUUACGCAUAUGCAGAGAGAGCAUUGGGUAUUUUGCGACAGGUGUCCCCCGACGUGGACAAGAUCUUGAAGUACGUGGCGCCGCCCCGUGAAUCCACUUUGCAGUCCGCUUCAGAUUUUUCUUUCCCAGCCGAGCCUGUAUUCAAAAAGCAAGUAGAUUUGAAACUUGAAAAGGCUGUGAGAAACGCAAAGAACAUGGAGCUAAGCUUUGCCGAAAGUGUCAAAGAGGUGUUGCCUAGUAGAGUCGUGAGCGGCCUCGAUGAAAUUGACAACUUCAACCCUGAAGUUCGCAAAGCUCGUGGCAGUGGCAGUGGCAGAUUUGAAACGCAUCGCGAGCCUUUAAUUGACUUGAAACGCGAGUCUCCAACCACGACAGAAGGAAAGCCGAGUGACAAAAAACAGAAGCAAAAAAAUAUGAAUGAAUUUGACUGUUCCAUCAACAAGUUUAUGUUGAAUCAAGUCUUUGACAGUUUACUCAAUCUCGGAAGGUUUGAUGCCUUUGUCAAGGCAUUUUACUACUCUUUAAUAAAGUGGGGUGGCGCUCGAAUGUAUUCUGAAGAUUUGCAAAAGUGCAACAUUUUGGGUAAUUUUUUGUCCACGGUACGCAUGCGGCCUCAUUCGAUAGGUUCCGUGUCUUCAAUCAUGGAUGGCGCAACCUUGGAAGCGUUUAUGUUCAAAGUUGGAGAGCGGGGAAGAAGCAGAGGAUUUACAAACACAAAUGUCGCAGUCCAGGUGUUUCGGAUUUUGGCAUGCAAAGAGUAUCAUCACGACUCGAUCCCUUUGACGCGAGACCAUAUUGAUAAAAUGUGCUCCUUGCUAAUAAAGGACUUGCAUUACUACAACGAUUACAACAAAAAGCGAGUAUUCAACUACGGCACUUUUAUCGAGUACGACCAGAUGGUUGAGUUUUUACACAACUUGGUCAAUUUCGUUGAGGUUCACGAGCAGUACAUGGAGACAUUCAAGGUGGCGAAACCACACGGGUCGUUUUAUGGCUUCCUCUACAAGGCUAUCAAGACCCUUGAGUUGUCAAAAUGGAAGGAUUCAGCCGAACUGACGCUUUACCUCAACAAGUUGAUUGUCAAGUGCGGUAUAUUGUACCACCAACCUAAACACGCAUUCCCCGAGGUAGACCAAAAGAAUUUGUCCUCGACUAUUGAAGUGUACGCACGACAGCUUCUCAGAAUCUUGGGUUCAUCUCCAGAGUUCAAAACCGAGUUGAAGCUAUUGAAGGAACCCUUGAAAGAAUUUUUGGGGACCAGGGAAGAACAUAAUCGCGAGAAUCACAGUAAGUUGUUGCAGAAAAUAUAUGAUAGGAUCGCUGUUGAUUCUGAUCCCAACGUGAAGAAGGAAGAGACGAUACAAAAGCUCCGCCGGGAUCUAAGCAGCAGCAGCAGCAGUAGAAACACCACUACCGUCACCACCACUACCACUAACAUCGCCUCAGCAGCAGCGCCCCAGCAUAGCAUAGCAUAA